CCCGCCCGGCGCCCCUGGCAGGGGUGUCUUGUGUCCCCCUACCUCCAGGCCUCGCUGGUGCCCACGGACAGGUGUCAGCUCGGCUCUCAAGCAGCAGAGAGACAUUGAGUCCGGACGAGGCAAGGACGGUUUGCCAGAAGUCUUAUCACCUGAUCACCUAGGAAGAGAAGUUCUAAAGCAAUAAGAAGAAAGCAUUUCAAUUGGGGACACCUAUUGCAGCUGGAAAUGGGGAAUGGACUGUCAGACCAGACUUCUAUCCUGUCCAGCUUGCCUUCAUUUCAGUCCUUCCACAUUGUUAUUCUGGGUUUGGACUGUGCUGGAAAGACAACUGUUUUAUACAGGCUGCAGUUCAAUGAAUUUGUAAAUACUGUACCUACCAAAGGAUUUAACACUGAGAAAAUUAAGGUAACCUUAGGAAAUUCUAAAACAGUCACUUUUCACUUCUGGGAUGUAGGUGGUCAGGAGAAAUUAAGGCCACUGUGGAAGUCAUAUACCAGAUGCACAGAUGGCAUUGUGUUUGUUGUGGACUCUGUUGAUGUCGAAAGGAUGGAAGAAGCCAAAACUGAACUUCAUAAAAUAACUAGGAUAUCAGAAAAUCAGGGAGUCCCUGUACUUAUAGUUGCUAACAAACAAGACUUGAGAAACUCGUUGUCUCUCUCAGAAAUUGAGAAAUUGUUAGCAAUGGGUGAACUGAGUUCAUCAACUCCUUGGCAUUUGCAGCCGACCUGUGCAAUCAUAGGAGAUGGACUAAAGGAAGGACUUGAGAAACUACAUGAUAUGAUAAUUAAAAGAAGAAAAAUGUUGCGACAACAGAAAAAGAAAAGAUGAAUAUCAGCCUUUUAUAUCUGUGGAGUAGGUUUUCUCUGGUUUGAUUUUGACAAAUCGAAGAGUGUCUACAGUCUGGUUUGCCUGUCUGCCCUCCUGGAUGCUAUUAAAGCUUUGUUUUGUUGAACAAUCAGAUGCUCAACGCUGUUGCCUUGUGGAAGAUGAGUAAAUGCAGUGCUUCUUAAAGUGGUCUUUUCUCCCUGACCUACAAAUCUUUUGGUACUACCAUUUUGGGAAGCCAAGCAAGGAUAAUAAAUUGACCAGAGCACAGUUGUGGAAAUUUGACCUGAAGUUAGUGAAAUAAAACUUUGAAGAGU